UCCUCCCACUCCUCCUCUUGACAGCCCCGGCUCCCUCUACCUCAACAUGGCGGCCCUCAGCAAGUCCAUCCCGCACAGCUGCUAUGAGAUCGGCCACACAUGGCACCCGUCCUGCCUCAUGUCCUACCUGCAGAUCACACAGGGCGCUAUGGAGGAGUCCUUGAAGAUCUAUGCACCCUUGUAUCUGGUAGCAGCACUCCUGCGGAGGAGAAAACUUGAUUACUACAUGCACAGAUUACUACCUGAACUCCUGCGCUCCACGUCAUUUUUAACCGCCAACGGAAGCCUAUACAUUGCCUUCUUCUGUAUACUAAGGAAACUUUUGGGGAAAUUUUACUUCUGGACUCCAGGGUUUGGAGCGGCUUUACCGGCUUCCUAUGUUGCUAUUCUUAUCGAAAGAAAAAGCAGGAGGGGACUUCUGACCAUAUACAUGGCCAACCAGGCUACAGAGACGUUGUUCCGUAUGGGAGUUACCAGAGGCUAUCUAAAGCCCAUCAGACAUGGAGAGGUGCUUUUGUUUUGCGUCACUGCUGCCCUGUACAUGUUCUUUUUCAGAUGUAAAGACGGCCUCCAGGGAUUUGCCUUCUCAGCUCUCAAAUUCAUUGUGGGGAAGGAAGAGAUUCCUGCACAUGCACUUCUGCCUGAGACCAUGUAUGCCAAAACCGGGAAGAAGAGCACGGACCGGGGAGAGAGAUCGAAGAGGAUCAACAUAUUUUCCUUAACAAAGAAACUUAUGGACUCAGUAUGCAAACACGGGCCAAGGCACAGAUGUUGCAAGCACUAUGAAGACAAUUGUAUCUCUUACUGCAUUAAGGGGUUCGUUAGAAUGUUCAGUGUUGGGUAUUUGAUCCAGUGCUGCCUCCGGAUCCCGUCCGCCUUCCGCAUUUUGUUUACAAAACCCUCCAGGUUAUUCUCUCUGUUCUACAAUAAGGAGAACUUCCAGCUGGGGGCUUUCCUGGGUUCCUUCGUCAGUAUUUACAAGGGCACAAGCUGCUUCUUGAGAUGGGUGAGGAACUUGGAUGAUGAGCUUCACGCCCUCAUAGCUGGGUUUCUGGCAGGAAUCUCCAUGAUGUUUUAUAAAAGCACCACAAUCUCCAUGUACCUGGCAUCCAAACUGGUAGAGAUAAUGUACUUCAAAGGAAUUGAAGCUGGGAGGGUUCCGUACUUCCCCCACGCAGAUAGUGUCAUCUAUGCAGUGUCUACAGCUAUCUGCUUCCAUGCAGCUGUUCUGGAAGUUCAGAAUCUAAGACCUUCUUAUUGGAAGUUUCUAUUGAGACUAACAAAGGGCAAAUUCAACGUAAUGAACCGAAGAGCCUUGGACGUUUUUGGUUCUGAAGCCUCCAAGAACUUUAAAAACUUCAUCCCCAAACUGGACCCAAGAUUCACUGUCGUUAAGCCAGAGUUACCGAUACAGUUCUCCUGAAAUCUUGGGGUUUUUUUUUCUUCUUUCCCAUGAUAAAAUGUGAAAAUCAAGAGCACCUAAUGGGUAUUGAGAGAGAAUUAAGAAUGUGAGGGCUUGCAAGCUCCUGUUCAGUAUUAACUAAUUUUAGCUGACCAGUACAAAGAUGAGUCUAUUCUCAGUGAAGAUGAAUUAUUUGGUAGAUUAAGAGGUAAUCCUGAUA